CAUACAGAAUUUAAUUACACAAUUUCAAUAUGGCAAACGUGCGAGAUAGUGAUACUUCGUUAUGGCUUCAUAAUAAGCUCGGCACGUCAAAUGAUAGCUGGACUGGCAGCUCAAUUUGUUCCCAAUUAAACGCCGAAGUUUUGCGAAACAUAAAAGAUUGCUUUCCGGAUUUGCAAACUCAAGUUAAGCUCAAACUACUCCUUUCUUUCUUUCACCUACAAAGACGCAAUGUCGAAGAAUGGCGUAUUGAGUUGGAAGAAAUCAUCGAAGUAGCAUCACUGGAUAAUGAGUUGUGGGUAUCGAUGCUGUCUGAAGCGAUGAAAACAUUUCCAUCAACAGGCUCAUUGAACACUGACAUAUCAGAUCUUGAUGAGCAUCGUCCAAUAUUUGGUGAACUAGUCAAUGACCUGAGGAAGUUGGUAAAAAAACAAUGUGAUGCAGCUAUGCUUCCGCUAGAAUGCCACUAUUUGAAUAAAACAGCAUUGACAUCAGUCGUUGGGCAGCAGCCAGCAUCUAUCAAGCAUUUCACACUCAAGAGGAAACCCAAGAGUGCUGCUCUGCGUGCGGAAUUGUUACAAAAGAGUGCAGAUGCAGCUAGUAAUAUGAAAAAAAGUGCAGCCCCAACUGUGCCAGUACGAAGUCGUGGAAUGCCCAGGAAAAUGACUGAUACAACGCCUUUGAAAGGAAUACCCAGCAGAGUUCCAACCAGUGGAUUUCGCUCACCUUCUCUGACAAGUCCAUCAAUGUCUAAUAGGACACCAAUCGGAAGUCGAAUUCGUAAAGAUGGUGGAAUAAAGCUUUUGGAUAUAAAUGAACAACCCCUAGGGUAUGCACAAGCUAAAAAACGUAAACGUAUGCUGGAGUUAGAGGAGCAACAAAAGAAGGCGGCCGAAGCUCAGGCAGCUGCUGCUGCAACUGCUGCCACGGUAGUACCUACCUCACCGGAAACACCUGCCACUCCGGAGUAUGCGCAGGGAUUGGCACCUUUAAAUCCUCCUGCAACCCCUGUUGCACCUACGCAACCAUACGCUACACCUAUUAGUACACCGACAACUGGUGUGGCAACUAUUGCAGCGCAAACAAUUCCUACGCCUAUAGCACCUGCAACAGCAAGUUCGACAUUGCCAGUAGUCAAUCCAACAACUUCAACUAUUCUUGAAAGUUCACCUGUCAAUAUACAAAUUGUCAGACCAACUCAAACUAUAACACAAAUUCGAAUACAAACGACGGCACCACCGGCUACUGCAGCUGCUAAUACUAGAAAAGGAUUGUCUCUCACGAGGGAACAAAUGCUCGAAGCCCAAGAUAUGUUUCGAACAGCAAAUAAGGUUACCCGACCAGAGAAAGCAGUUAUUCUUGGUUUUAUGGCCGGUUCUAGAGAUAAUCCUUGCCCAAAGCUGGGUAACAUAGUUACAGUUAUGCUGUCGGAAAAUAUAGAAGAAGUUACCCAAGCUGAUGGAAGCACCGUUUCCAUGCUUGUUGAAACGCAUUUUCAAAUGAAUUAUACAAAUGGCGAAUGGAAACGAAUAAAAAAGAAUCGACGCAUUGUCACCGAAGAACCAGCUGCAGCAGGAGCUCUUGGACCAAAUGCAACUGCGACUGUUCCUAACUAGGUUUCAGUCAGUCAUUGUCACACUUUAAUAUUUCGAUGUUCAUAGUUGCUGGAUAUUCAAAGCCGAAUAUUUUCUGGGGUCUGAUUGAUGCCAUAUGCAGUCGACGGGUCGUGACGGAAGCGUGCAAACAAAGGGAUAAUUUGAUAUGUGAUUUACCUUGACUUCAGCUAGAUGCAGGAUCAGCAGUCAGCGGCAGUGGCGGAUGAUUUUUGUGCAGCGGCAAGGAAUCGAAGAUAAGUCGUUAUUACAUGGAAUUGUUUAUUAACUUAUGAUUACACUCUGAAAAUAUGAAAGGUUAUUUUGGAAGAUUGACACUUUGAAUUCGAUACUUUUGGUUACUUCAAGAAUAAAGAUAAUGAUAUAAAUUGAGUUACAAAUUAGAUUUUU